AUGGCAUCAACCGCCACCCCACAAGAGUUGCAAAACCAUGCAGUCGACCUCCACAAGCACGUCCACACAGGCUUCUCAGGCCACAUGGCAGAAACCUACAACCACCGCACAGGCGGCUGCAACAUCCGCCUCGGCAAAGCCAUGAUCGCGAAAGCUCUCCCUCACUUAUUACCCCCGUCCACCUCGUCUACAGAGGGUCCCGCGCGUAACCUCCGUAUCCUCGACAACGCAUGCGUUUCACUUCCUUGGCGCUGUUCGCCUUUCCUGAUCCCGUGA